AUGCCAGCAGUCGUGGCAGUAGCAGCAGCCUCCCGUGCGCGCCGUGCCCUCACUCCUCUCUCGCGCCUCACUCCCCUCACUCCCCUCUCGCGGCUCACUCCCCCCACUCCCCUCUCGCGCCUCACUCCCCUCUCGCACGUCUCCCGCCUCUCGCGCCUGGCGCGCAUCACUCCAUCGUCGCUCUUCAACGCGUCUCGCGUCGUCUGCUGCAAGAAUCGCCCGCCUCGCCGCCUGGCAAGUGGCUGGAGCAGCCGUCUGCUGUCGCGAAUAUCGUUCCUCGCCACGAUCCUUUGUGCUGCAAUCAUCCUCGUUAUAGCCAGCAUCUGUUUCUGUUUCUGCAUGUGCUGUCGACAAGUGAGGAGAGCAGAGAGCAGCUUCGAUGAGGUGUUUCUUGCAGACUACAUCGCCUGCUCCACCCACCACUACGACCCUCUUCUCAAGCUUGGUUCGGGUCCUUUUGGAGACUCCUUCCCGUGCUCCGGACCAGAGGGCGAGCCUUGGCUUGUGGUUCGGACCACCAUACCUGAUGGUUUGGCAGGUGCCACGUGGCUGCCUUGGACUGGUGCAGCUGCCAAGAGAAGAGCGUUUAACGAGGAAAUCAACCGAUUCUCAGGUCUGUCGCACCCCCACCUCCUGCACCUGAUUGGCUGGAGCGACCAACCCCUGGGGCAGGCGGGCGGCAGCAGGCGGCUGAGGCAAGUGGGGGAGAGCAUGAGGCAGUGGGCGCAGAUACUGUGGCGGAAGAGGGGCGCGCAGGAGCAGGGGGAGGGUGCGGGGUCGGGGCGCGGAGAGGGUGGGGGGUCGGGGCGAGGCGAGGGUGAGGGUGACGGCUCAGGGCGAGCAGAGGGUGAGGCGUUAGGGCAAGCAGGGACGCAAGGCAGAGUAGUGGGGACGGCAGGUGGAGAGGAGGGAAGGGAGGAGAGGGGGAAGAGAGGGAAGGCAGGUGAUCAACAUGCUGCUUCAUCUGAUUGUGGAGUGGAGGUAGGAGGAGAGGGGGCGGGGAAGGAAGGGAAGGGCGGGAAGGGCGUGGAGAUUGUGAGGGAAGGGAGGAACGGGAGGAGGGAGUUGAUGAUACAAGGAAGAGACAGCGACGCACAGUCCCCCCCACCGCUAGCGUUCUCUCAGCGCCUGGACAUAGCCACGGCUGUGGCAGAAGCGCUGUGCCAUCUGCACACAGCUGCUCAGCCCCCCCUGGUGCUCCGCGGUCUCUGCUCCUCCUCUGUCUUCCUUGAAGUGCUGCCUGUGGCCCGGUUGGCGAAUCUCGGCAUUAUCAAGGGCCUACCCAGCUCUCCCUGCUUACUUCAGCAGUGCCACGUGGCAGCUCCUCAUAGGGACCCGGAUUGGUGGGAGCGCAUGUGGCCAACCACCCGCACCGACAUCUAUGGGUGGGUAUAUUUGUCUUCUUCCUCGUGCUUCCCCAAUGCGGUUCCUAGUGGUGCAUAUGGGUGCAGCAUUAUGGCUUCCGCAAUGCCCAUUCAAAUUGGACUCUCCGAUUGA